CAAAUGUUCUUUCACUGAGAAGAAAAAACACUUCUGAAUUCUUCAGUGCAAGUAGUCAUACAGUAUAUAGCUUACAAUACAAAAGUACUCCCAGUUGGACAUCUGCUCUGGGAUGGCAUCUCUACGACUUUGCCUCUUUCUGCUAUGUCACUGCUUCGUCUUGCCAUGCUUGGGCAUCACCUGUGCACCAGGACAGAAGAGAGUGUAUCAUAAAGAGAAGUGUGAACCCUGCGAAGACAGACAUUUCCAGCCAGUCGCAUCUAGCGAUAUAUUCUGUAAUCUUUGCAGUGUUUGUAAUGAGGGGAGUGGAACUGAGUAUGUCCAGCAAUGCACUAAGACAGCUGAUGCAAAGUGUCGCUGUCGUGUUGGAUUCAUCCCCGUAGAUGAGAGGGAUGACUUGUGCCAGUGUCCUGAAGGAUCUGGGCUGACAAAAACAGAUUCAGGUGUGCAAUGUCGAGAAUGUGGUUAUGGAUAUUUCACCAGCAAAGCUGACACGCUGUGUGUGAAAUGGAAAGACUGUGCACCGUGGGGAGUGAAGUCCGGGGGCUCAAAAACCUCAGAUGUCGUUUGUAAUACUGGUUCAGAGGUGACACAGACUAGCGUACAUAGCACCGCCGUAAACCUGAACUACAGUCGCAGCAGUCUGACAAGUGCAGAGACGUCCCCCACAACCGCUACCACCAACUCGACCCUCACACCCCCCCUAAGCCACACUACAACUACAACAACAACAACAACAACAAAAAGUGUAAAUGAUACCAACUACGGUUCUGGCCUAAUUUUGUAUGUCGUGAGCCUCAUUCUGCUGAUCCCUCUCUCAGCUGUGUCCUGCAAACAAGUCAUCAUUCCAUGCAUGAAGAGGCAUAUGAAGAAAAUGAACAAAACAGAUGGCGCCUGCCGAAGGCCUGUGGAAGAGUGCGGGGAUGUAAGUCGAUCUUCUCUGGUAAAGUCCAGCCAGGGGAUACUGUGAUAAUGUUGUUUUUUUAUUUUUUUUUUUUUACUUUUUUUGUGUAUUUUUUCCACCAAAAAAGAACAAACAAAAAACUGAAACAAUCUAAUUUUUAGAUUAAUGUAAUCAGUAUAGGUAUUGAUUAUAGUAGGCUCCAGAGCUGAAAUAUCAAAUGUCAGCACAACAUUUCUACGUAAAUACAUACAGUCAAUGUUUGACUAUAUAUUUUACCUCAAAUAAUAGUAAUUUGCCAUCUACAGGGGUUGGACAAUGAAACUGAAGCACUGGCCAAAAUAGUGUUUGAGGUUUCCUGCCUAUAUAUGCGUGGCCUGGUGACCAGUCUUCACUGAAUGUGUGUGUGUUCCACAUCAUCAGUAAGAGCCGAGUGUGAAGGUUGAAUUAGCAGAGCAAUAGCACAGCUGUACAUGAAAUACUGCAAUAAUGGGAGACAUCAGUGUUCAAAUAAGGACAAACUGCUGGUGGAUCUCGCUGCCACAUCUAUGACCAGGACAGCAAGUCUUUGUGGUGCAUUGAGAGCCACGGUCUCCAGGGUCAUAUCACAUCAUGAAGGACCAACCACAUCCAGUAGGAGUAACUGUUGAGGAAGCUGUAUGAAAGGGAUGUCCGGCCACUAACCCGGAUUAUAUCCAAGAAACAUAAAACCACAGCUGCCCAGCUCACUGUGGAGCUCCUUGACUCUCCUGUUUCCACCAAAACUGUUCAUCAAGAGCUCAACAUGGUCAGUAUUCAUGGUCGGGCUGCUACAGCCAAACCUUUGGUCAUUCGUGCCAGAGCUAAAUGUCAGUUUCAAUGGUGCCAGCAGUGCAAAUCAUGGGCUGUGGACAAUGUGAAACAUGUAUUGUCUGAUGAGUCCACCAUUCACUGUCUUUCCCAGAAACGGGAGAGUUAGGGUGUGGAGAAGCACCAAAGAGGCUUAUCACCCAGACUGUUAUGUACUCUGAGUGCAGCACGGGGUGGAUCAGUGAUGGUUUGGGCUGCAAUAUCAUGGCAUUCUCUAGGCCCACUACUUGUUCUAGAUGAGCGCAUCAUAGCCAAGGACUGCUGAACCAUUGUGUAGGACCAUGUUCACCUCGUGGCUCAAGCAUUGUACCCUGAAGGUGGUCCCAUGUAUCAGGAUGAUAAAGCACCAAUACACACAGACUGGUGACAGAGAGGUUCGAUGAAAAUGAAAGUGAAACUGAACAUCUCUCAUGGCCUGCAGUCACCAGACUGGAAUAUUAUUGAGCCACUUUGGGGUGUUUUGGAAGAGAGAGUCAGGAGACGUUUUCCUCCACUAGCAUCGUGUAGUGACCAGGCCACUGUUCCACAAGAGGACUGGCUCAAGAUCCUUCUGGCCUCUGUGUAGGACUUGUGUCCGUCAUUCUCAGUAUUGGCCACAAAAGGGGGGAGUACACCAUACUCAUAAGUUACUCUGGUCUAAAACCAGGUGGUUCAGUUCCAUUGUCCAACCCCUGUAUAUUACUUUUUAAUUGUUCAGUUGGAAGCACUUUUUUCUGAACCUAAUUUACAAUACUGCACUUGCAGUGAUAAUUCUUAAUCUUCAAUAGCAAAUACAGUGUCAGUCUGAAACAGACCAGUGCACUAGCUUUAUUUGUGAAUAUUAUAAAAAGUGACCAAAAAAAAGCCAAACCUUGGUCGACCCCAUACACAGCAGCAGUUGUAAGCAUGCUUUUGUUGUCAUGAUGGAUACAUAGAUAUUGUACAUUAUUGGGAUGUAGCCAGUGCACUGCUUUUCCUGUAACUGUCUAUGCUCAGCAUAUGGUGCAUUGUCCUAAAACGGCUACCCAAGAGUAAAAAAACAUGCCUUAUAUCAAAUUAAUGUUCAUAAAAAUGUAAAUUCAGAAAUCAAAAGGCAAUCACUAACCUGAUAACUAGUCAGCUCCGUAGACAGGUUUAGUCCUUUAUCUGUUUUAUAUGUGCA